AUGAAGGAGCGCGAGGCGUCCUUCGACGGCGUCUACAAGGCCGGCGAGAUGGUCUACUGGCACCUGUCGACGCCGUCGGGCGAGACGAUGGCCAUCAACGGUUUUUACUUCGAUCCUACAAAGACCCACAUGGACAGGGUCGGGUGCUUCACGUGCAAGGUGAAAGAGUUUGGGUGGGCUCCGGGCGCAACAGAGCCUCCCUCGGUGCGCCAUCUGCGGAAUUCGCCAGAGUGCCCGUACUCCAGGGUGCUCAGCAGCAGACAUUUGCACGAGAGCGAGGGCCUGGACUGGGACGAGAACGACUUGUUUGCCAGCGUGCAGGAUUCGGCAGACAUACGCCACCAGACGUUCAAGCUGGCGAGCUGGCCGCACGAGCGGAACAAAAAGAUGCCGUCUAGUCGAGAGAUGGCCGAAAACGGGUUCUACUACGCUUCGUACGAGAAGGGCGACGACACCACCACGUGCAUGUACUGCGGCACGAGUCUGGAGGGCUGGGAGGCCGGCGACAACGUCGCGGAGGAGCACCGCAAGCGCAGGCCCGACUGCUAUGUGUUUGCAGGGCGAAGACGCAGCGGGGUGUACUCCAGAAGGGCCAGCGAUGUGAACAUGGACGUGGUGGAGAUCUCGGACGUUUCCGUUGAGAGGGUGAUACAGGAGCUGCCAGAGGGGGUGGAUGUGGGGGAAGAGGAGCAGGAGAAGAAGGCUGAACACCAGUUGGAUGAUAAUGGAGAUGUAGAGGCUCGGGAUCUCGAGGUGGCAGAACCAAAGGAAGCAGAUGACUUACAAGAGACAGAGGCUGCCCAGUCCGUCAAGCGGCCUGCAUCGGUGCUGGCCGACGUGCAGCUGGAGGAGGAGAUAAUAGAAGACGACAGCGUGGAAGGAGAGGCCGAGCCGGUUGAGAUCCCGAUGUCCACGCUGAACGAGCUGGAGGAUCUUUUUUUUGUGGAGGACUCGCGACGGUCGUCCACCUUCUUCAACCGCUCGCGGUCUUCGUUCGGCGAACGGGCGUCAGACGCGGCCGAGAGAAAACUAGAGUCUGUUCCCGAGCCAGUGGAGGAAAAAGUGCCAGAACCGAUCAAAGAGGAUCUCGAGCAGGCCGAAGACGUGCCGAUGGAGAAUGUUCCGGACUUUAUCGUACCAGAGCUGGAAGUUCCCGACAGUCAGGGCGCGCCCAUGGGGAUUGAAGAGUCUCUGCGUGAGAUCAAACAGCUGGACCCUGUGGGGCCGGCAGACGGCAUGGACAUGCUUGACGAGAGCACUCGCGAUGACAUAAUCAUGAAAGAGACCCCAGAGCCGGAACGGCCGGUUGUGCAGCAGGCAGAGCAACAGGCGGAGCAACAGGUGGAGCAAGAGCCGGAAAAAGAGCUGGCAAAAGAGCUGGAACGACAGCCAGAGCAACAGCCAGAGCAACAGCUAGCUGAGGAACUGUCCUCAAAGAAGCGAAAGAAGCAGGAAGAAAAGCACAAAAAACACCACAAGCGCAGGAAGGCGGAGAAGGAGAAGGAGAAGGAGAAGGAGAAGGAGAAGGAGAAGGAGAAGGAGAAGGAGAAGGAGGGCAAGAGAAAGAGGAAGAAGGAGAGAAAAGAGAAGAAGGAGAAGGAAAAGAAAAAGAAAGAAAAGGCGCUCAGGAAAGAGCUCAAGAAACGUGAGGAUGAAGCAUCUGUUCUGUCGCCACUUGCAGGCACAGUCUCUGUUCACGAGACUCCAGAGCCUGCUCCACCCACAGAGCCUAAGAAGUAUGUGGAGGAGCUCGUGGAGACUGAUUUCUCUGAGGAGGAAAUAGAGCCGAAAGUUGAACAGAGGAUGGAAAGUAUCGAAGAGGAGGCGAAAGAGGAGGAAGAGAAAGUGGACGAAUUGCAGCCUAAUGAUGACGACGAAAACGAUGUGUUGCUGGACGACGAGAAAGCUGCGCCUGUUCCGGAGAUUUCCAGAGUUCCAACUGUUUCCCCAACAGGGCUGGUUGCGAGGGACAGUCGCGUGCGCUCACGGAUACUUGACGGGCGCAUCAUUUCGUCAGACGAUCCUCUUUCGUUUGGGAGAAGAGCGAAGCGGAGAGCACGAAAGCUCAAGGAGACCCCAAGCACGGAAAGCAAGGACUCUGAGGGUAAGACUUUUGAGAAAGCAGAGCAGGAACCCGAGAAGGAACCCGAGCGGGAGACGAACGCGGCCCCUGAGCCUAAAGAGGCCGCCGAGACGGCCGAGGCGGUUGCACUAUACGAGCGCCAUAUUUUUCCAGAACGUGUGCAGAUCUACGAGCAGCAAAGCACCAAGCAUGAAACAAGCACAGAAGAGAAGAAGGACGAAAGAGAGAGCGAUUCUGAACCCCACGCAGCGGCCGAGCAGGCGCAGCCGGCUUCUGCAGAGCCCACUCCCCUGCCAACGGCACAGGACAUGGACUCGUCGCCCAAUCGGGCUGUGUCGGAGGGUCAGGAAAAUGUGCACAGAAACAGCCCACAGCGCAUUUCCAGCGAGCCUGCCAAGUCUGCCCGCUCCCCGCCAAACCUCUCUCUCAGCAUUGAGCAUCUAUACGAGAACCAGAGCACUCCAGAGUUGAGGAAAGGACCGCUUUGGGAGCCGAUCAAGAAGCGCUCGUACACGGAGGAAUUCAACGAGGCCAUCAAGUAUACACAGGAGCUGCUGGACUCGGACUACCAGUCGCUGAACGACGACCUGGAGGGCAAGCUGACGAGCUUUGUGGCGGAGAUGCCAGAAGAAGAGCUCGACAUGACGCUAAAAGGGUGGAUCUGCUACCAGGCGGACCAGGCGGCGAGACUGGUGGCGCAGAAGACAGACGAGAUGGUGGGCGGGUUCCGCGAGGACGCCGCGCGCGCGCUGAAGGUUUUGGAGUCUUUGCCGGUGGUGGAGGAGACCGAUCAGGAUGUAGUGUUCUAG